CCAUGGCCGUCACCCCAGUACAACAAACAAACGCCUCGUCUCCUCUUCAACUCCCAAGCGUCCCUCGCCCAGAAUCCGCCGCCGCCGCCAUUUCCGAAGCCUCAAGCUCCCCCAGUGUCCACGGAAGCAGCCAGCACAGCACUAUGAAGCGCCUGCUCCGGCGGCUGUCCCGCGUGGCCGCGGCCGACGCCUGCGCGGCCGCCGGCUACCAGCCGCUCCGCCCCGACGCGGCGGCGGCCAAGGGCGCCGCCGCCUCCGCGGCCUCGACUUCGUCGUCCUUCUCCGGCGCGCGGCGGCUGGGCGGCGGCGCGCGGGUUCCGGAGGGGCACGUGCCGGUGUGCGUCGGCGAGGAGGGCGGGCCCGUGGAGCGCUUCGCCGUGCGCGCCGAGCUCCUGGGCCAGCCGGCGUUCGCGGCGCUGCUCCGGCGCGCCGCCCAGGAGUACGGCUACGGCCACCCGGGCGCGCUCCGCAUCCCCUGCGCCGUCGCCGACUUCCGUCGCCUCCUCCUCGGCCUCCCCCUCGCCUGCCCCGAAGACGACGACUCCCUCCUCUGCCACCACUAGCAGCCCGCCCUUCGAUCUAGCUCGCUCGCAUUUCCGCCAUGGAAUCGAGAUUGAAAUUUGCCCUUCCUUCCCCGGGCGAGAAGAGAAUCGGUGAACCGGCGGGGCCCAAUUGCCAGCUGCUGCGAUUUUACCGAUCUACCCCUUUGUGGGAUGUCUGUACAUAGGAGUAGGAGGGAGUUGUUGGUGGAGGGGUAGGACGGGGAUUUCGCCGCAUUUUCUCCUGCAGCUCGAACAAUUUUUAGAGUCUGCUGUUUUGUGGGAAAUUAAUUAGGGUGUUUCUCCUUUUCUACUUCUUCUUUCCAGUGUUCAUCCUCUAGCUCUAGAUCCUGCUCUGGUACUGGCUCCCAUGGAGCUUGAGCGAGCUUCUUCAGAUCCUAGGGAUUGUUGAGGUCUGACAAAUACAGUCAUGUAAGCCGCAAGGUUAACAACCUCAAUGUGGAAUCAAUGAGAUUUGUUCCAAGAUCUUUGGAUGCAAACAAUGCAAUGCACUUCUCCUCCU